UUGUCGACCAGUGUUUCGUUCAUUAUUCAAAUUUGAUCGGAAGCAUUGUUUAUUUCGACCAAAUUGAUCUUUAAUGAUUAUAGUUCGCUUUAGAAUGUUUGGCCACUCUAGGUAAAAUUCAGUGAUGAUUUGGAUCUAAUUUGGGCCAGUGCUUGUUCUUUGGCAGACUUUUUCAAAAUGGGCAAAGGCGCUUUUAAACUGUAUUUAAUCAUUGUUGGUAUGUGGGUUGAAAAUGUUUGCGGCUACACUGUUCAAGAUGCCCCUUUACUUGAGAAUAGACCUAUAUGGUUAAAAGCCUGCCAAAGGUCCGAUUCAAAAAUCAACGAAUGCAUAAACGACAUGUUUCUUCAUCUGUUUCCCUAUUUGGCGGCAGGAAUCCCGGAAAUAAAAGUGGAACAUUUCGAGCCUCUGGCGCUGGAAAAUGUGGCGAUUAGCAAAGGAAGUGGACCUAUAGUGAUCAGUGGAAAGCUGUACGACUUGCACGUAGAGGGGCCCUCAAACUCCACACCGAAAAACUCAGAAUUUAUCAGGAAUGGCAAACAAGGUCAUUGGAACCUGGACAUGGACAUCCCGCUGUUGGAUAUCAAAUCAAAGUACAAUUUGAAAGGACAAAUUCUGGUGUUGCCGCUGGUCGGGCAUGGCAACUGCCAGCUGAAACUGUCCGAGAUUCGCACGAAAAUUUCCACAAAUAUCACUUUUCCUGAAAGAAACCAGAGGGAAAUCAUGCAGGUCGAUGCGAUGAAGGUGAAGUUUCGCAUUGGCGGUUUGUGGGCGCAAUUCGAUCAUCUGUUCAAUGGAAAUGAGAUUUUAGGCCGAACCGUCAAUGCUUUUAUCAACCAAAACGGUUUGGAAAUAAUUGCCGAAUUGGAGGAAAGCAUCGCCAACAGUCUAGCUCAGAUUUUCAAAAAACUGAUGAACAACGUUUUUGUGAAAAUGCCCACCGAUCUUUGGUACCUGGAUGAAGAACAGUUUGCAGAAUAUCAGCGGGAGCUCAAAACGGCCGGGACAAGAUAGGGGCGUAAUAAUCAAUCUACUGAAACCCAAAAAUGUGAUAAGCGAAAAUUUGUUGUUUUGUUGAAAAAAAUUAGAAAUGGAACGUCGGAAAUUUGGCAACAAAAUCUAUGACUGAUUAAAUUUUUAACAAUA